AUGUCUGAUGACGAAAUUGAUGAAAUGGUCUGCGGUAUAGGCCUAAAGCUCCCGACUUUCUCGACCAAAAGUACCGAGAGAUGGUUUCAAUGUUGCGAGGCUGCAUUCCGUUUAAAAAAGAUUACCUCAUCAAACACAAAAUAUGAUCAUUGCUUAUCAAAAAUAGACCCAGAAACAUUCGACGAUGUAUGCCUGACGGACCUGGAGAACUCGGAAGAUCCUUAUGGAGACUUCAAAGAGGCGGUUCUAUCUCGAUACUCGCUGUCACCGGAAGAUCGAGUCGAAGCAGCAUUGGCUUAUGAAGUGGACGACAUUCGUUCCGGCUACCAGCGAAUCAAAUCUCUUCUCGACAAAUCCCGAGUACCGGAUCUGCAUGUUGCGUUGACAAAAGAACUGCUGCUACGUUCCCUGACCGAUACCCAAAGAGCAACGGCCAGGGCUUUCAAUUCAUUGAAAAUCGAAGAUUUCGUGAAGGCAAUCGACGACAUUCGACGGCGGUCGACUGGACAAAAGCCAGCGGGAGCAGAAAUUACGGCAAUCGGUUCAGAAAAGGGAAAAAAGAACAGGAUAUGCAGGCUGCACUUCAAAUUCGGCGUCAAAGCAACCCGUUGCGAACAGCCGAAAACUUGUCCGUUCGGUAACAAAAACACGACACCAGCAAAUUCCAACCCGUCGUCAAACUAA